CUUGCUCGCCCUUUUCACAUAUAUCAUGCCACAAGUCCGUUUGUAAUGGUUUGCUUCGAAGCCUACAUUACUUCCGACUUUCACAAACAUCAUGGCUACGAUACAAAUUCUUGAGGAUCGAUUCUCACUGUUGUACCUUCCGAGUCUGGUUGAUCAUUAUGUUGCGAUUAUUGAAUGGUUCCUUUCCCAGUGGACACUCUUUUCUCACUGGCUGGCUCAACCUCACGUACUAGCAGUCAUACUAGCCUGGGCUAUCACCUUUACAGUUAUCUGCAGUAUCUUCAUGGCUUUGGGAUUUGGUCCAGUUGGCGUUGGCGCUGCUACUAUCGCCGCUGCAUUUCAGUCAUGCAUGUAUGGCGGCUUCACUCCGGCUGGUGGAAUAUUUGCUACGUUGACUAGUAUGGCGAUGUUAGGCACAUUCAUGCCUGUUGCGGCUUUCCUGGCCGCGGUUGUUGCUACCAUAGUAUCAACAAUAGUUUGGGCAUGCGGGACGGGUCGUUAAUCAGUGAGAUCCAGACCGCUUCAUGAACGAUUUUUAACGGACUCUGAGGUGCUAAUAUGAUGAUCAAAGCUGUCCAAGGACUAUGCAGUUGAACAAGUCUGCUAGUCUAAGUAGAAGCUGAGAAAAGAUAGGCUAUUAGAACCUACCCAA